CCGCCCCGCUGCCGGGAGGCGCCGCCCGGGCACGGCGAGGUGAGCGGCGGCGGCGGUGCGGGGCCCUGCGCGGUCUCCGCGGGCGGCGGCGGCCGGGCGCCCCUUUGCCCUGCGGGGUGUCGCUCGCAGGGUCCUCGGAAUAACCCCGUGGUCACGGCCCCGUGCUCGGGAGAUGCCCCUUGCUCUGCAUAUGUUAGAUUUCCCGGAAAACCCGAAGAUGGGGAUGUUUGUUCAGGUCGUUAAUUAACCUUCACCUUGGAACAAAUCUUUCUGAAUGGCCCCUCAUCUUACGCCUUGGCAGCGCUUCGCUCAGGAAGAGGUUUCCACACUGCUGUUUUUUUUGAAAUGAUAGGGCUAGGAAACAGCCGCCGAGGGAUGAAGUCUCCACCUCUUCUUGUAGCUGCGCUCCUGGCAUGUAUCGUUGUUUUGGGCUUCAACUACUGGAUCGCAAGCUCUCGCAGCGUGGAUUUGCAGAAUCGGAUCAUGGAGCUGGAAGGCAGAGUCCGCAGAGCAGCAGCAGAGCGAGGCGCAGUCGAGCUGAAGAAGAAUGAAUUCCAAGGAGAGCUAGAGAAGCAGCGCGAGCAGAUAGAUAAAAUCCAAUCCUUGCACAGUUUUCAGAUGGAAAAUGCCAACAGACUGCAUCGGGAAGAGAAGGCGACACUGAUGAAUAACAUCACAACAAAUGAGCAAUUGAUCCAGAGUCUACGAGGACACUUGAAAGAGUUACAGACAAAAUAUGGAAAGCUGCAGCUGGAUGUUUACCAGUUUCAGAAGAACCAGACCAACCUUCAGAGGAAGUUCUCGUAUGACCUGUCACAGUGCAUCAACCAGAUGAAAGAAUUAAAAGAACAAUGUGAAGAAAGAAUAAAUGAGCUUACAAAAAAAGACAGUGAUAUACCAAAGAUCAAAGAAAACAAAGACUUCUCAGAAGAUUCCAACAAGAAUCUCCAGGUUAAUGUUCAACUGCCGGCCUUUAAGCAAGUGGAGUUCCAGCAGGCUGCCCUGGAACAGCAGAAAGCUGAUGAAGAUGUACCUGGAGCAGUACCUACGGCAAAAAGGACGGACUCUGCUCAGGCUAAAGAAAGAAUAAAUGGCCUUGUUGCCAUCAGAAAACAGGAGCCUAAAGCAGAGGAAGAGAGGCUUUUUAGUGAACUGAAAAACUCCCAGGAUUCGCUCAAAGUUUCUGCAGGCCCUAAGGAGAUGCCACCUGAGCCAGAGAAAGGACCGAAUCCGUAUGAAGCUGCAAAACAUGUAGCUGGGCGAGAGGCCAUAGAGCCAGCAGCAGAGCAGGCUGCCAAUGAGGAGGUGGAGCGGGAGCAGCUCUUAAAUUACGACGCUCGGCAGGAUGACCCGCGCCCUGGAAAGGAUGACAAACGGGGACAUGAGGCACUGAACCAGGACAAAGACGUUGACUACAAUUUAGAUGAGAACGAAGCUGAAUCUGAAACAGACAAGCAAGCAGCGCUUGCAGGAAUUGAAAAUAACUUGCAUGUUCAAAACCAUGAAGAUAACGUGAAGAACCACUUAUUUGAUCAAGCAGAAGAACAACAGAAGUCAUGAACAAGGGAGGUUCAUGAUGACUUAGUCACCUCUUCAUAUAAAUGCAGCAGUGACGACAGCCAAGGGAUUUGAAAAUGUUUCAAUUAUCUUCUCAAGGCUUUAACAAGGACCCAAAUGAAGUAGUUUUUUGUGGUGAAGUCUUAGUACUGUUUCAGUGGUGAAAACAUUAUCUUAAAUCUCUGGAGGCUUGUUUCAAAGCAGCCAGACCUCUGUGAUGACUCCUUCCUUCCUCCUGAUUAUAAAACUGAAACUAGUUAGCAAUAACUGUAGUAACUUUGAAGUCAACUACCUUGUACAAUCAUACUACGAUAACAACUUGUGUGUAUUGGUGGUAGGUGGGAAAGUCCUCUGCUAAGGAUGCAUCUCUCUCCUGACCAAUGCAGUAGAGAGAUCCCCAACCUAGCUUUAAGAGGAGCUUAGGCUAACUUACCUUGACAAAACAUGUGAAGAAGAAAAUAAAUUAAACUGACCCAUGCCGCAGUCUACUCUCUUGUCAGUUCUGGAACCUUUUAUAGGGCAAUGUAGAUAGAUUGUUUCUUAAGUCUCAUAGGCUAAAUCUGUUAGCUUAUGAGAUCUGUACCAGGACUGAAUCAUUGUCCUGCUUGAUUUCAUAGCUUUUAGGUAUUAAGAAAAAAAAAUCCUGAUAACAGUAUCUUCUUCACUAAGAGGUUAGCCUAGCUCUGCAGGAAGGUUCUUUUGAAAGCAGCGUUGGACUCCUUGGUUAUCACUAACUUGCACAGCUUCAGAGUAAAAAUUCUGUCAAAUUGACUCCUGAACUUUUGAUGAUAGAUGCCUUCUGAAAUGGUGUGCUACAGCUACCUUUUAUUCCACUCAGACGGUAUCCUCUGCUAAAAAGUAGAAAGGCAAAUGCUUGGCAAACUGUUCAAAUCAAAUCAAAUAAACUGUUGGACUUUUGAAGAAGGUAAACCAGACUAUGCAUUUAACAGACAUUUCAAUGUCUCUGACAGGGGAAGCUGUAGCUGUUGUGAAGUGCUGUGUUAUGCACAAUGUAUCAUGUUGCUAAUGUUUUGUAGUCUUUGUCUUUUUUUUGCAACUUGUUGAAUGUAAACUAGAAACUAGUUUACUUGGGAUAAACUAGAAAUACCCUCAACUAUCACUGAGACACUCUUAGGAACCUCAACUGCUUGCCUUCAGUCAGACAUCUGCUAUAAAUAGGGAUUUUUCAAAGCACUGUGGUCUAUUCAUAGGUCAAAUCCUUCUAAGAGACAGUUUCUGUGGGAUCUAGUUUAUCCCCACUGUUUCUCAGCUGCUUUUAGUUUGUGUCAGAGUUCACCUGUGCACCCUCAGUACAGAGGCUAUGGGGAGUUGGCUCCUGGUACUUGGUGCUGCUGACAGCAGGACACAUACCCUAGUCUCGCAGGUUACAGUGCAAAAAGAAAUCAUGUCUUAACUGCAUUUUGUGUAGCCAACUGUUUUAAAUAUUGUAUUUGUGUCUGUUCUUAAGACAGACAUUUGUGUUUAGAACCAUCUUUGUGAGUAUGAACCAACCUCCCCAAGACAGCAUGAGAGAAGAAAGACACGACUAUCUUCCCAACCAAAAAUUUCAUUUAAGAAAACAUCAAUUUGUCAUGGCUUUCUUUUAAUGUGCUUUAUGAUGAUUUAUGCAUCACUGUGUGUCAUUCUUCUAGUGUACUAGUUUACAACUCCUGUACCUUAAGGUGGCUAAGUGUGCAAGUAGAGGAUUGGUUCUCUUGUAUAUGAAAAUAGUAGUAGUUGUAAUAGAGUAAAAAACAGGGCUCAAGUUAAGAGUUACCUAUUAUGCCUAAAUUCACAGACAGUUCAUUGCUAACAGAUUGCCAAGUUUAGUGUUAAUUGGUCUGAGAAAAGCACUGACCUCCAUUACUGAGUUCAUCUUGGUUACUGUGUUUUUGACUUUUUAAGCUGGAUUUAACUGUGUUAGGCUACUACAGACAACAGAGCAAGAAAAACAUGUUUUUAAGGAAGGAAUGUGAGCAUCUCUUCUAAAAAAGACAAGUGAUGAGAAAGUUGAGGUGUUUCUGUUUUGAUGAAUUUUUUUGUUUUGAAUUAUUUUUCUGCAAAGUACAUCUUAACAUCAAAAUGUUUACACAUUCAGAGUAAAAUAGGCAUUAAGUUAGGACUUAAUCUAUACUAUUAGCUGAGGUAAAAUAAAUCUGAAAUUUAAUAGUAACUGUUAAAGAAUAUACAUUCUAACAGAACAAAGCAUACAGUAAAACACUGUAUUCAAGUUAAAUGAGUGGGCCUUAACUUUAAACUGGUAAAAUCUUGGGGAAAAAAAAUCCUUCAGGUAAUUAAUACAUUACCAUAGAAUUCUUCUAAAAAUAUUUGUUGGCUAUACUUCUGUACAGUAUCCAAACCUUACUGGGAUCCUUUCUAGCCAGUUAGACGGCGUCCUCUCCAUAAUCAGGACCCCCUUGUACAAAGCACUGUUGUUUUACCUCUUGACACUAGGUGUCUGAAAGCCAGUGUAAAAGCAAUCUUCAAAAGCCUAUAGUAAUACAAUCUUGUUUUUAUUGGCUUCAGGUGCUACAGGAAUGUAAUUACAGUGGUAGAAUUUUGGUAGACAAGGGGCCUCUUUCUCUACUAUAUAGAAUUAUAAAAUUCAAGGACUUAGUUGAACAAAACAGGAGAUUCACUUGGAGCUGUGGUUUACAUAAUGUUGUCUAUCACUAAAGUUUUUACUUGCAUGAAGGAGGGAAAGCUUCUUGACUGUAAUAAUCUCGGAAUUAAAUUAACACUUUUUUAAAAACAAAUCCUAAUCCAUUUUAGAUAAGUAUUUUAAAAUAAAAAUCUUCUCUACUGUGUA